AUGUUAAUCUUCAAGCAGAGGCAAGUCUGUGAACUGGCAGCGGUGGAGAAGGACUCAGGUGAGUCUCCUGCGGCCAAGACAAGGGACUCGUGGAAGAACAGUGUCGGGGCCUCCUGUGUGUCAGGGCAAGAGAGGAGGGAAGGCACGGAGGGUCAUGGUUCUAGAUUGCUGUGUCUAGGUCAGAGCCCAGGUUCUGGGAGGUACCUUCUAGGCUCCAGAUUCCCUCUGGCCCUUUCUGCUCAGGUGCAGUUGUCAGAGAGUAGGCGGGAGCUGGCGGAGCUGCGGUCAGCCCUGCGCGUGCUCCAGAAGGAAAAGGAGCAGCUCCAGGAGGAGAAGCAGGAACUGCUAGAGUACAUGAGAAAGCUGGAGGCCCGCCUGGAGAAGGUGGCAGACGAGAAGUGGAAUGAGGACCCUGCCACAGAGGAUGAGGAGGCCGCUGCGGGGCUGCGCUGCCCAGCGGCUCUGACAGACUCAGAGGAUGAGUCUCCAGAAGACAUGAGGCUCCCGCCCUAUGGUCUGUGUGAGCGUGGAGACCUGGCCUCCUCCCCUGCCACAGGGCCACGAGAGGCUUCUCCCCUAGUUGUCAUCAGCCAGCCGGCCCCCAUCGCUCCCCACCUCUCAGGACCAGCUGAGGACAGUAGCUCUGACUCUGAGGCUGAAGAUGAGAAGUCAGUCCUGAUGGCAGCUGUGCAGAGUGGUGGUGAGGAGGCCAACCUGCUACUUCCGGAACUGGGCAAUGCCUUCUAUGACAUGGCCAGUGGCUUUGCGGUGGGUCCCUUGUCAGAGGCCAGCACUGGGGGCCCUACCACCCCCCCAUGGAAGGAGUGUCCUAUUUGUAAGGAGCGCUUCCCAGCCGAGAGUGAUAAGGAUGCCCUGGAGGACCACGUGGAUGGACACUUCUUUUUCAGCACCCAGGACCCCUUCACCUUUGAAUGAUCCCACCCCCACACCCCCAGUACACACACAAAUACACACUUACACACAUGCACACACUCAUGCAUAGAUGUACACUUAGGUUUCAUGCCUCUUUUCCAACACACUCGGCUCCAUGAUAUUCUGUUGCCUGAGACCCGCUCCUGUGUGAUUUCAUCCCAAGCUCUCCAACUUCAUCCUCUCCUACCUGGCUCUUCUGUCCAGGCAGGGGUUCCUUCUUGGAAGCAGGGGCUGAAUUUACUCCCUGAAAGUGGUUUUGGAGGAACCCAGAUGGAGGAGGCCUUCUCCAGGGAGAAUCAAAUCACCCCCUCCUGGCCCUGGUUGCUUCUGUCACUCACACCAGCCACUACACCACCACCACCACACACGCACACACACACUCACACACUCACACUCUCUGAUGCCCCGAAGCCAAUUCCUGGGGCACCCCACCCUCUCUUGUUUGGGGUCUGUGUUUGUUUACCUGAGUUUUCCCUGGGGCCUGGAUUGACAUCAUGACCUCUCUAGGUCUCUACCAGUUCUGAACUUCCCUGGUUCCUCCUUCUUUUGCCCCACUGCCUUCCAUACCCCAGCCCAGCCUUUUCUAUACCAUUAGAUAUUAAGUUUGGAUGUUUCUUUUGUAUUUUUGAGGUUUUCUGUACUCUAUCUCCUGUCCCUCCCUACCACCACCCCCCAGGGUCCUCACAUGGAAAGAAAUGAUGCGUUUGUGCCUUCUGUGAGGGAUGGGAGAACAAAUGGUCCCAGGUGUCCCCACUUGCCAGCCCUUCCUCCCUCUCCAGGUCCCCCCUCAGCAAUAAGAGCUUCCCCCCCCCAUAUCCCUCUCCCUUCCUGUAGCUGGACAAAUAUAUUUAUAUGAUAUGUAUAACUAUUCUAAUAAAAUGUGUUCUUAUCAUGA